UUCUAUUAAAAUGUAUUAAGAUUUCUCAUAACGAGCUUAAAUGAUCGAAGAUCUCUCUUAAAUACCUUGCUCCAAUAAUCACUAUAACACGCGCAUUGAAUAUAUUUCUAAAAAUAUUCAAAAGGGAACUAAAGAAUUGUUGUGUUCAAAAUGCAUAGAAAAUUUUAACAAUCCUCCUUCAAAUUUAAUUUUCAUACAAGAAAUUAUAGAAAGAAUUGAGGAUGAAAAGCAGUAAUGCUAUAUUCAAACAGAGAAUGCUACACAUCAUUUCAUUUAGGAUAUCGAAAGAUUAAUCUUACGCUUAAAAGACUUUUAAACAUAAAUCCAUUAAUAAAUUGAAAACCUAAUUUGGGUUUGUAAGACUUGGAUAGAGAAUUUGAAUCUAUAUAAGAGUUAGAAGCUAAAAUAUAGGCUUUUGGAUGAAAUUGAAAAUUUAGAUAAUUUACAACUUUUCUAAGAAGAGUUAAGGUAAUAAAGUUUGACAUUUGAUGUUUAUGAAAUAAAUAAAAUAAACGAGAAUAAUAUUGAAAAAAUAUAUUUGGGCAUUGAAAAAAUGAAUUCAAAGGUAAAAGAAUGUUCUGCGUUCUAAGUAAUGGCUAAUGACAUUAUAAAAAAUGUUAAUAAUUUUGAGUACUUUUAGUCUAAAAAAAUGAAGACUAAUUCGCAAAAAUUGGUUUCCGAUAAAAUCGAGGAUUAACUCUGCAAUGCCUUGGCUUUUAAUAGUGAUGAGUCAUUAUUAGCUACAGCAGCAGAUAAGAAUAUAAAAAUCUGGAAAUUUCAAGAAGGAAAAUUGAUGGAAAAUGUGGGAAAUUUGCAGGAACAUUCAGAUUAAGUUGUUUGUUUGGUUUUUCACCCUAAAGAAGUAGCUUUACUGAUAUCUGGAAGCAAAGAUGGAUUGCUAAAACUCUGGAGAUAAACUAGUUUAAACAAAUGGGGGUCUGUAGAAUCUUUUAGGAUUAAUCUAAGUUAUCCUAUAAGUAUGGUUCUGAAUCCAAAUUAAAAUUAAUUAAUAGUAGGCUGUUUUGAUGGGUCAAUUAAGAUAAAUCCCUGUAAUUUGGAUCAAAAGAAGCCUAAUGAAUAAUAAAGGUUGGAUAAGCAUACUAAGCCAGUUUAUAGUAUCAGCUUGAAUUCUAAGUGCAAUCAAUUUGUUUCGUCUAGUAGUGAUAAAUAAAUAAUUAUUUGGGAGAAAAAUGAUGCUUAAGCUUGGGAUUGUAAGUAUGUGGUUGAUAAAUCAAUAAAUGAUAUUUGUUAUAGGGUUAGCUAUUUUGGAGACGACACAAUAGUGUUUCAACAAAAGAGGAAUGGCUAGAUAAAUUUCCUUAAACUUCAUAACAAUAAAUUUUAAGAAAGAAAAUAAUUGAUGUUAACAGUAAAUCAUUAAGAUCCAGAGGUUGAAUGCUUCUUCCCUAUAAUAUAUAAUAGUAAGAACUAAAUUUUAGUGAUAAAGCACUUUCAACAUGUCUACAUUAUCAAGCAAAACAAACAAUAAUAUUAAAUAAUCAGUCAACCAAUAGAUUGUUAAAAUCCAUAUAAUUAUGGUACCUUGACAAAGGAUGGGAAAUUCCUAGUAAUUUGGGAGUAUGUCACUAAAAAAUUUAAGGUAUAUGAAUUAUAAUAUUGAACAACAU